UGGAUGAACCUCGUCAUCGGGCUUCUUCUCAACAAAACCUAUAAGGCGAGUCACUGAGUCAGUGAUCUCACAAACUCGAGCGUGCAGAAAAUGGCGAACUCUGCAAUGAAAGGAUACUCUCUGUUGAUUCUGCUAAUUGCCGCCACAAUCGUUUCAGCGAAGAAAUCUGGUGAUGUGACGGAGUUACAGAUCGGCGUUAAGCACAAACCAGCAUCUUGUGAAAUUCAAGCACAUAAAGGUGAUAGGAUUAAAGUUCAUUACCGGGGAAAACUUACUGAUGGAACCGUUUUCGAUUCCAGCUUUGAGAGGGGUGACCCAAUUGAAUUCGAGCUUGGUAGUGGCCAGGUGAUAAAAGGUUGGGAUCAGGGACUAUUGGGAAUGUGUGUUGGGGAGAAACGUAAGUUGAAGAUACCUGCAAAGAUGGGUUAUGGAGAACAGGGUUCACCGCCUACUAUCCCAGGUGGGGCUACACUUAUAUUCGAUACAGAGCUUGUUGCAGUCAACGGUAAAGGAACAGGUGCAGAAGAGAUCGCUAACAGCGAGCUGUGAUAUGAAGAAACCUCAUCAUAACAUUUGUUAUGCUGGUUAACCGGUAUUAGAAGAGUAUUAUAGAUUUGAUAUAUUUCUUUUUUGUAUCUUGAACUCCACCUGAAUAUUCCUAAUAUCUUCGGGGACUAAAUGCUUUUUUCAAAUCAUUAGAGAGUUUUAACA